CGCAGCGUGAAAGCGGUGGGAAACAGAAACACUAUGGCUGCCACUCUGUCUCUUACUCAGCUUUCCAGUGGAAAUCCCAUCUAUGACAAAUACUAUCGACAGGUGGAUCCCACUGGCAGUGGACGGGUGGCGGCAGCAGAUGCAGCUCAGUUUCUGAAGCGGUCAGGCUUGGCCGACCUGGUCCUGGGAAGGAUCUGGGAUUUGGCAGACUCUGAAAGAAAAGGUUCUCUUAACAAACAGCAAUUCUUCAUAGCCUUGAGGUUGGUGGCAUGUGCUCAGAAUGGCCUGGAGGUGGCACUCAAGAGUCUUAACGUGGCUGUCCCCCCUCCCAAAUUUCAUGACACGAGUAGCCCGCUGUUGUCGGGAAGAGUGGCCACAGACAUUCCCUGGGUCGUCAAGCCUGAGGAGAAGAUGAAGUUUGACUCCAUCUUUGAGAGCCUGGGUCCAGUAGGAGGGAUGCUGUCAGGAGACAAGGUCAAGCCCGUCCUGCUCAACUCCAAACUGCCCGUGGAUAUCCUUGGCAGGGUGUGGGAGCUCAGUGACAUCGACAGGGACGGCAUGCUGGAUAAAGAUGAGUUUUCUGUGGCUAUGUAUCUGGUGUAUAGAGCUCUGGAGGGGGAGCCUGUUCCCAUGUCCUUACCGCCUCCCCUGGUUCCACCCUCUAAGAGGAAAAAACCCGCAGUGCCUCCCGUGAUGCCCCUGUUACCCUCGCCCCCCUCUGUCAAAGACACUCGCCCCUCCCACGCUGGUUCUAAGGCCAUGCCCCACCCUCCUAAACCCACUCCAACUCCCAUCCCAACACCAGCAGCCUCCCCUUGGGUGGUGUCGGCAGCAGACAAAGCCAAAUACGAUGAACUCUUCAACAAGACAGAUGGGGAUAUGGAUGGUUUGGUGUCUGGACCAGAAGUCAGAGAUAUUUUCCUCAAAACUGGGCUCCCUUCUGCCACGCUUGCACGUAUUUGGGAGCUAUGCGACAUUGGAGACAUAGGAAAACUGAGCCGUGAACAGUUUGCCUUGGCGCUGUAUCUAAUUAAUCUGAAGCUGACAAAAGGUCUGGAGCCUCCACAGAGUCUGUCCCCAGAAAUGAUCCCUCCCUCCGACAGACAAAACAUCAAGCAGAACAACGCUGCGAACCUGGCGGCUGACUUCUCAGCUAUUAAGGAGCUGGACUCUCUGAGCAACGAGAUUUUUGAACUGCAAAGGGAGAAGAGCUCUAUGGAAGAGGAGAUCAAGGAGAAAGAGGAGGCUAUUCAACAGCGAAGCAGUGAAGUGCAGGAUCUCCAGGACGAGGUGGCGAGGGAGAGCGAGGAGCUACAACGCCUCCAGGCUCAACGUCAGAAAGUCCAGGAGGCUUUAGAGGAGCUGGACCAUCAGAAGGGCUCUCUGGAGGAGCAGCUCGCCCACAUACGACAGCAGACCAGCCAAGAGACCCAACUGAUCUCGUCCCUGCAGUCGGAGCACGAGGAGCAGGAACAGAGGAUAUGCCAUUUUGAGGAAGAGCUGGUCCAGGCUAGGGAGGAGCUUUUGGCUCUGCAGGAAGAGAGCAUGAAGCUGCAGGAGAAGGUCCAGGCUGCUCAGGAGCAGCUCACUCCACUUCAGGAGUCUGUGCACGACUCUUUCAAACAGGUUUCACUGGUACAGCAGAAACUACAAGACCUUAAGGUGGAGGAGAGGUCGGUUACAGCCCAGCUCAGCUGGAAGCGAGCUCUUGAGGAUGGUUCCCCCGUCAUGGUUAACGGGGCCUCAGGCCCCCCCGCAGAGCUGCACCAGGACGAUCCCUUCCAGCAGGACCUCUUCAUGGAGGACCAGCCCAAAGAGCUGAGGGAAGAGCAGCCAGCCGCCGUUUGUAAUCCACAGAUGGAAAUCUGUGACAAAAAGGAGACAGAAGGUGAAGAAGAGAAGGAGGAGGAAAGUCCAACAACCUUAGACGAGGAAAAGCUGAAGCCUGAUCCCCUGGACGACCUCUACACAAGUCUAGCUUCCUCCGAGUUGUACAACAGUAUGCCAAGUGCUUCUAAACCACGGGAUAGCGCAGUAAGGGAAGACAGCCCCGCACUUGAAGUCUCCUCUGACAUAAAUGAUGAUUUAGAUGAAUCACCCAAGGAGACUUCACUAAAGGUUGAUUCCCCAGAGCCUGAGGACAAACCGGAGCCUGCAGACCCCACAGAAGCCUCCUCCAUACCUCUCAGGGUUACCCCUCACACCCUGCCCCCGCAGACCAGCCCCCCAUCCUUGCCUGAGAUGGACUUCUUCCAGUCGGACCCAUUUACUGACCAUGACCCGUUCAAGGAUGAUCCUUUUGGGAAAACAGACGUUGCGGAUCCGUUUGGAGGAGACCCCUUCAAAGACGCAGACCCCUUUGCUGCAGACUCCUUCUUUGCACAGACCUCCAGCACUGCCUUUACCUCGGAUGACCCUUUCACUGCCCCAGCUGACCCCUUCGGUACUACUCCUGGCAUGCCAGAACCAAACCUGUUUGCAGCCAAGUUAAACGAAACCGCAGCACCAGCAGCUGGUCCGGAUCUCUUUGCCUCCAAGCCCACCAUUCAAGCCCCAGCGUCCAAGGAUCCUUUCAGUUCCACGGGGAACAAUGAGGCUGAUUCGGACCCAUUCGGAGGAAAAAUGAAAACUGAGGGGGAGGCGGAUCCCUUUGGUCCUCCAGAUGGAGGGACAGAUCCUUUCAGCAGUUCCCCAGUGAGCUCGGACCUGGCUGUGGACACUGCAUCAACCAACGACCCCUUUGCUCCGGGUGGCACCACGGUGACGGCAGCGUCAGAUCCAGAUCCGUUUGCGGCCGUGUUCGGUAAUGAGUCGUUUGGAGGGGGAUUCGCAGACUUCAGCGCUUUGACAAAGGCAAAUGGUCCCGACCAGUUCGGCAUCAACAACAAGAACCUGUUCCAGGAGGAGAGCCAGCCUGUUAGCCCUGACGUGCCCCCCGCCCUGCCCCCCAAAACGGGUACGCCAACCAGACCUCCGCCUCCCCCUCCAGGUAAGAGGUCGUCCAUCUCUAAGACGGAGUCCUCCGACUCCUUCCAGCGGCGAGGGCCCUUCGUCCCCCAGACAGCCGGAGAUUUCCCCCCCUCCUCCUCCUCACCCUCCCUGCCUGCCAAGGAUCCCGUAGCCGACCCUUUCGCCCCUUCCUCCCCUCCUCUUCAGAACGUACGGGAAGCUGACCGGUUUGCCAGCUUUGACAAAUAUCCAACCGAGGAAGACAUGAUAGAGUGGGCAAAGCGCGAGAGCGAGCGAGAGGAAAAGGAGCGGCUAGCAAGGCUCACCCAGCAGGAGCAAGAAGACCUGGAGCUCGCCAUCGCUCUCAGCAAGUCUGAGCUCUCCUGAGGGGACCCCCCCCCCUCCCCGCACAGCCGGGCCCGGCCCAGAAAGCACCAAAGCGAAAGGGGGACCGCCGAACCCCGUGUAGAGACUGAAAACUGAUGUCCGAACCCUACAUCAGCCCCCCUUCUCCCUCGACCGCUCACUGGCGAUGCAGUAUCUCGUUUUUUCAUCCUUUUUUAGUCUCCGGAGAGGACCAAAUAGGAGGUCCUGUUCUCAGGAGUGGAUUCUUAAAAUCAGUUGUAGUACAAAAAAAACACAAAAAAAAGAUUUCUGAGAAACAUUUUCACAAUAACUCUCCAGAAUGUAAUUUAUUAAAACAUGCACUCUGAAGUCUUGGUGAGAAGUCCAGCUUUUAGCUACUAACCAAACUCUCCUCUCCUCGUGUUGUUGUGAGGAUUGAAUGAGAUUUGUUUGACAACCAAUUUUUAUAGAAGGCAGAAGUUCCCAAACUCUCUCCCGGCUGAUCUUUAAUACCCCAGAAUAACCACUUUUUAGCAGGGAAAAUGUGAAUGAAAUGCAAAACUUUAGUAUCUUUGUUGGAGAGUGACUACAAUUUGCUCCAGAGAGCAGAUUAUAUUUUUCUUUCCCCUCAUCAGGGCAGCAUUAUUUAGCAAGUUCAUUAUUGACAUGCAAUUCAACAGUGCUUUGUCAUGCAUGUUAAGAAAAAAAUGCUUUUCUGAAGCAGAUUAAACCUACUACAUUUCAACCGGAGACACUAAACUUUUUCUCAUGGCUCCACAUCACACAGCAUUUCAGUUUGGGCUGCAGAGCUCUGGAGCUCCAUCUGAGGGCCGAACCAAAUACUAAUACACAUUAAAUGGAAUAAAAACUACAUUGAGAUGUUUUCUGACAACUUGGUGUUAAUUUUUUGUAGCUUCAAAGCUAAAAAAAUCAUAAAUGUAGACAAUUGAGCUGGGUUUUGCUGGAUGAAUACAUGGAUGGAACCCACUUUAACAAGUGGGCUUGAAAUUAUUAACUGAAGGAAGAAAAUUCUCAAACAAGCUUAGCUGACUGGCUUGACUGAUUUUUAAAAGAAAUCACAUUAAAAAUACUCAAGUUGUCGUAAGCAAAUAUAAAUUUUACACAUAACUUUGACUGUUUGCCACAUCUUACACUUGCUCUAUUUCAAAAUUCUCCCUGAAAGGAUGUUUGUUUUUUUCCAAGAUGCUUUUAAGGAGAUAUUCUCUGGUGGAUUUCAGUCUUAGAGAAAUUCAGGGAAUCACCUGUGUUCUGUUGGUGCUCCUUAGGCUCUGAGCAGAUUUCACUUGCAAAAGGCCUCCUUCAUGUUGCCUCUUCAUGCCUGCUGACACCCACACAGCAGCCACUUCCGUCUCUCUUGACCGUUUCGUGUUUGUCUCUGAAAAGAACUGUGAUAGAAGGUUUCUGAGGGAGGGGGGGAAGACUCAGAUGAAGAGCAGGAAGCCUUUGUUUUUUUUUGUACUCACUCGUUUCUGACCAAACAGUGCACACCAUUAGGGACGGCUCCUCUAGGCUCAUUACCCACGUCCUCCUUUCACGUGUAACCAGCUUCCUGUUAAUACAGUGCUUCCCUCUAUGUGCAGUCUCAUAUUGAAGUUUAUUGUAAAUACAACAGAUUUUUUUUUUUUUUUUUUUGCAUGGCUACACUCUCGAGUCAUGUUGUGCUCCAGUUUAUAGUUUCCAUCUUACAGUACGUUACUGUCAUAUGUACAGUCGAACCCAGAACCACUCAUGUUUGUAGGCUGACUCGUAAAAGCUUUUUAAAACUCAAGCUGAUUGUAUCUUAUUUUAGAUUUUCUAACUUGUAAGAGGAUCCAUAACUGGGACAUUUGGCAAGAAUAUGUAAUGCAUUUACCUGAAACUGAAUAAAUAUAAAAACAGU